AUCUCUCUGUUUCAAAGGAAGAUACAGCGAUGAAUAUAAGCAGAAACCAGGAUUUUACUAUUCCCUGUAACAUCAACAAACAAUCAAGCCAUGAAUCCAAGUUCCAGGUCACAUGGUUUUGGCAGAAAGAAAUAGAAACUAAACAGCGCCCAAUAUUCACAGUCUACAGAAACUCCAUUCAGCAACACAGGUUUGGGGAGAAUGUUCGCCUGAGAUACGACCACCCUGACCCCAGCCAAUUCAGCCUCACGUUCUCAAGCCCUGGUCCUGAUAAUAGUGGCCUGUAUUUCUGUGAGGUAGAGGAGUGGCUGCCUUCUCUGUCUCGUGGGUGGAGAAAAGUUGCAGUGGAAAAGUCAGGGCAUUUGAAUGUCAGUGUUCUCACAGAAGGUGAUGCUAAUGCUAAUACCGUAUCUGAAUGCAACACAACAACCUAUACAAUCAUUAUUGCAGUUCUCAUCAUUAUGGUGGUGGUUAUAUUAUUACUGAUGUUCAAGGUGUGCAGAAGUAAAGGCUCACAAGGAAAAAACUCCUCUUCAUCUCUCUGGGCUGAAUCAGUACCUAUGAACAACAAACCCAGUGGAGACGAUUGAACAGCAAAGACAUUUUUUUUGGUUUCUUUUAGAUAUGAUGCAAAAAUAUGUAAAAUUUUCCAUUUAAAUAAUUGUGUUCAUUCAUUUGUUUAUAACAUUCCAUGAAGUAGCUCUGCUGAUUUACUUUUAGUACAGGUAGGAAAAUUUUUUUUUCUUUAGGAGUUAAUGAAACUACAUUUAGAAAGGCAAUUCUCAUUUUAUAGAUUCUUCUGCUCAUUUUUAAGGCCCGAAUGCACAAGCAGCUAAACUGUGGUGAGUCUGUGGCUUCACAUCUGCGAAGACGUUGCAAUGUCGCAUGUUUUCAUGCAGUUAUAAGCAUAAAUUGUGGUGAAUGUCUAACUAGUUCAGCAAUUACUCAACCGGGAAGUGCUGUGGUAAUGCUCAGAAUGACUGUGGUCUUGAAAUCCUGCUGAGAUGUCCAUGUGUCAGACAUUUAAAUGUUAGCUACUGAUUGCCACAAUGUUUUUAAGAAUUUUCACAAGAUACUUACUAAUGCAAACUUUUCCCUUUUUUUGCUAUCGUUACAAAAUUGUUUUGCUAAAGCUUACAAAAAUUGUUUGGUGAUGACAGUAUUUCUCAUUUGCAUCUGAGCCAUGAUGCACAGUGUUAUAUAUGUGUGUGUGUGUGUUUCAUUUAUUUUAUGUUUGUCACAUGCAA